CACAAGUCGGGAGCAGAGGGGGGGUUAUAUAUUGAUUUGAAAUGGAAGGUUAAAGUUUAAACAGAAGGAAGGAAGAGCCCCGGUGUGUGUGUGUUUCUCGUUGUUCCUUUUCCUAGACGGACUCUUUUACUCCUUUAGAAAUUGGCAUUCCCCAAUCCCUAACAAAGUAAUCCAACAAAGCCUCAAAUUCUCUGCGAUUAACGAUGCCCUCCUCCAGUCGCUGAUCUCGCUAGCUCUGGAUCUAUUCCUUCUUCCGGCAUUCCGGUUUGAUUUCUAGCUUCACCUACAAAUAUAAGCUACCGAGAUUGAGAUUUUUAACUCAAAAUUUUUUUUUUUUUUUUUUUGGGUUUUCAUAUUUACAAUUCGUUAAGUCUUCUGUUGAUCUGGUAAUUCGAAUUUUAUUACGCAGACAAAAUUUAUACUAGUGGACUUAUAAUUUGGAUAUAAUAUAUAAAUAAAUAUAUUUGUUGGCGAUCGCCGGCAAAAUGACGGCGGAAGUAGAUGUAUAUGAACCGGAGGGCAUCAAGGGGUCAGUGGCUGAAGAAGAGCAAUGUGGCUUGGAUCUCGCCAAAGCCAAGGAUGAUGCCGACGGCUCCUACGUGUUCGUCAAUGGUACCGAUGCCAAGGAUGAUGAUGUCGUGGAGGCCAAUGAGAAUGGGGACGCUCUUCUGUCGCAUUUUGAAAACAAAGGUGAUGUCGGUGGCGAUUGCAACGGCGAUGGCGGUCUUGUAUUUGUAGCCGACAGAGGGACGUUCAUCGAUGCCCAACCUUCGCAGUCGGUGAAGGCUGUAGAUGACGAGACUCCGGUACCACAGGUCUCAGAUGCAAAGCCUGUGGUUGCUGAAUGCGAUUGCGAAUCGCCACUGCACACCAAUGGGAAGGUGGAGGUGGAAGAUGGAGAUGAUAUCCGUGAUGAUGAUGAUGAUAAUGAUAAUGAUAAUGAUGAUGAAGUAGUAGACAAGGUUCAGGAGGAGGAAAGUAAAUCAAACUCAGCUAGAGAUGCAGACGCAGAUGAACAUGAGGAAUCCCAUAUCUCUGUCAAUAACGAGAAUUUUCCAAGCGUUACAGCUCAGGAGGAAAGCAAAUCAAAUUCAGAUUCUGAAGUCUCUGUCAAUGAGAAUUCUCCGAGCGUUUUCACUCAGGAAGAAAGUGAAUCAAAUUACCUUGCUGAUGCAAAGGAACAUGAGGAAUCAGAAAUAUCUGCUGGUGAGAAUUUUCGAACUCUUGUUGCCCAGGAUAAGCAACAAGCUGAAUUUACCAGUCAAGUCGUGACUCUGGAAGGUUCAACCGCGCAUUUUGGAGACUCAACCGAGCAGAAUUCUACAAAUGUUCUGUCUGUGGAAGCUAACAGCUCUGUCUCCGAUGAUAAUGAUAUUGAUGAUACUAUUAGGCAAUCUACACUUUUAGGAAUUGAAGUCAAUGAUAAUAGUGGUCCUGUUGUAGCUGCUGCCGGUGCCAAUGAUGUGAGAUCUGAACCUGAGACCUGCUAUGCUACUGCUGAAGGUGAAAAACAAGUAACUAAUGCUGCUGCUAUUCGGGAUGUGGAUGUGGAUGUGGAUUUGGAAGCGGGGAUUUCAAACAGUGGCACCGAAUGCCCUCUGACUGAAGAACAACCGCAUUCAGAUACAUUAGUUGUGGCCGCUUCCCUAACUGUUGACCUGAAAUCAGCGUCUGAAAUAGAGAGUACAUAUGCUUCAAACAGCGGCAGUUUGCCUGUUGAUGACGGUGAUCUCCAUAACCCUGCUGGCCAUAGUGAAAGUGCCGUAGGCAGCAACCUGGAUUUUGUACAAGAAUCUGAGGGCAUUGGUGGGAUUGAUAGAGAUGAAGCCCCAACGUCUUCCUCUGGGGAUAAUUUGGAAGGUCAAAAUGUGGGACAGCAUGUAGAUACUCCACCGGCUUCCCUAGAUAUUGACUUGAAACCGGAGUCUGAAGUAGAGAAUACAUGCGCUCCUAACACCAGAAAUAUGCCAGGUGAAGAUGGUAUUUUAUCGGAAUCCAAUGAUCUGCAUAGCCAUGCUGUGGAUAAUGGAAGUGCAGCAGACAGGAACCUGGAUUUUGUACAUGUUGAAGGUGAUGUUGAACCAACAUGUAAAGAAGCUAAGAGCAUUGAUGGGAUUCAUAGAGUUGAAGCCUCAACAUCUUCCCCUGAAGAUAGCUUGGAAGAUACUUCAGUCGAUAAUGACGGUGGCACACAUUCUUCCCAAAGUGCUAACUCCAAACCAGAGUCUGAAGCAAAGAAUACAAGUGCUUUAAACAGCACAAAUAUGUCAGAUGACAAUGGUGCUGUAUCUGAAUCCAGGGAUCUGCAGAGCCCUGUUCUGGAUAGUGGAAGCAUAGUAGACAGUGACCUGGAUCCUGAACAUGUUGAACGUGAUGUCAAACCAAAUUGUCAAGAAGCUGAGAGCAUUGAUGGGAUUCUUAGAGAUGAGGCCUCAGCAUCUUCCCCGGAAGAUAAUUUGGAAACACAAAAUGCAGGAAUCGAGGUGGUGAAAAAGCCAUUCUACUUUUUGAUCAGGAUUCCUAGAUCUGAUGAGGAAAAUUUAAGAGAGCGGAUUAAACAUGCUCAGUUAGAAGUUGAAGAGAAGACUAAAAGGAGGGAUGCUAUUCGUGGCAAAAUCCAAAUGAAAAGGGCCACUUGUAAGGAGUUUGAUGAUGCGGUUCAAUCUGCUUUAAUGGAGGAAAGAGCUGCAAGAGAUUCAGUUAAGUCUAAACGCCAAGAAGUGGAUUCUGUUCAAUUAAUGAUUAACAAAGUGAAAAAUGCAAUAUCAGUUGAGGAUAUUGAUGGCAGGAUACGUAAUAUGGAACACAUGAUUGAACAUGAAACCCUGCCUUUGAGGGAAGAAAAGCAAUUAAUUCGUGAAAUCAAGCAAUUGAAGCAACUACGUGAACAGCUCUCUUUGAGCAUUGGUAAGCAGGAUGAAAUUCAACAGGCUUUAGGCCGAAAAGACCAAAUUGAAGAGCGCUUGAAGGUUUUAAGAAAGGAGAUUGAUCUAUUGAGGGAUAAUCUUCUUAAAGCUGAGUUAGUCACUAGAGCUGCUAAGAAGAAAUUCAAUGAUGAAAAUGAUGAGCUGAAUGAAUUACUAUCUCACUUCAAAGCUGCUGAUGGCAUUCGACAAGAAGCAUAUGCACAUAUGCAGAGUUUGAAGAAACAGCAAUAUGAGAAGAAUAAAUAUUUUUGGAGAUACAAGGAUGAUGUAAAGGCGGCCAACAAUUUAGCAUCAACUGGAGAUAGAGAGCAACUGCAAUGUCUUUGUAUUGAUCAGGUUGAGAAAGUAAUGGAACUCUGGAACAGAAAUGAUGAUUUCCGGAAAGAAUACAUAAGAUGUAACACCAGGAGCACACUGAGGAGACUGGGGACCUUGGAUGGCCGCUCACUUGGUCCUGAUGAGGAGCCACCUGUGAUACCUUAUAUUGUGCAUGAGAGAGUAGCAAAAAAUAACUCAGUGGCACCUAUUUCAACUCAGGAACAAGAAAAACAAGUUGUGAUUGUCGAGGCUGAAAAACCAGAUAAGUCAGCGGCAAAGAUUGAGGAGAGGGAGAACCAAAAAGCUAAAACUAAAAAACCUGCAAAACAUGCUUCAUUAGGAAAUGGCCCACCAGCUAUCUCUGGUUGGAUUGAGAUUGAAGAGGCAAGAGAAGAAGAAAAGAAACUGACAAAAGAGGAAGCGGAGUUGGCCAGGAAAGCAGAGGAAUUAAGAAAGGAAGAAGAAGCUGCUAAGUUGAAGGAACAACGUAGGUUGGAGGAGAAGGCCAAAGCUAAAGAGGCACUCGAGAGGAAAAAACGGAUUGCUGAGAAGGCCCAAGCAAGGGCAGCAAUCAGGGCACAGAAGGAAGCUGAACAGAAACAGAAGGAAAGGGAGAAGAGAGCAGUGAAGAAGGAUAGAAAGAAGGCAAAUGGAACAGAGGCUACAAAUGGUAUUAGCGAAGGAGACUCAGGUGUAGCUCCAAGCUUGGAAAUUCCUAGUGGAAGUCCAAAGGAGUCUGAAGCCAAGGAGAAACCGACAGCGUUAAAGAGGCCUCAGAAAGCAUCAUCACAUUCACAGUUGACAAAACUGCAAACAAGGGCAAAACCUAUGCCUCUGCCUCUUCGAAACAGGAGCAAAAGAAGGAUGCAGCCUUGGAUGUGGACCCUUGUUGCGGUUGCGCUUUUCUUUGUCCUCUUUUUGAUGGGUAACAGCAACCUCUCCUCUAAAUCCUGCCUGCAAUGGCUCGGUUUCUGAUCAUAUCCCGUUCUAGGCAAAUAAUAUAGAGUUUGGUGGGACAUUCCCAUGGAGAUGAGAUGAGAUAUAUAAUGUAUACAAUUUAUAUUUAUAUUAUUAUACAUAUAUAUAGGCGAUUCUUUUGUGUGUCUUGGUCAGGAUUGGUUCUUCCUCUAGUUGGCAUUCUUUUGUCGUUAAUUGUAAGGUAUAUCGGUUUCCUUUUAUUUGUGAGAAAAACAUAUUUCUUCGGGUGUUGAUUACAUUAACUAUUUUAUAAUAAGUAGAAAUAUUUUGGGGAUUUUUCA